AGUAAUUUUACCUCAAAGUUUGGCCUUGGUGUUCAAGACAGGUUUGUUACUGCCAUUCAGUGCAAAGGAAGCUCAUCGUACUGAGGCACACAGCUCGCUGAACAGGUUGUUGCCCGCAUGCAGUUUGCAGUGUCGGCAGUUCUUGUCAUUGCAAUUGGGUUCCGUGAAGCGAUCUGCAUGGAUUUGGUGGUGCCGCUGUACAAGUGGCCAGACCUGGGCCAACACGAUUCAAUGUACGAUGCGGUGGCCAACUCCCCAGUGCAGACGGUUGCCAUCAUCAAUCCCACCAACGGCGACAGCAACCAGUGUGCUGGCACCGAGCCACAUGAUACAACUUGGCGGUCCGUGGUUGAGCUCUUCGAUGGGCGACCCCUGGUCAAGACGAUAGGGUAUGUGUACACGAAGUGGGGUAAUCGGCCCAGGGCGCACGUGGAAGCGUCAAUCGAUAGAUACUUCGCUUGCUGGAGAGUGUCAGGAAUAUUCAUUGACGAAGCAAGCACGGACACAAGCCUCUGCAGCGGCAAUGGAUCAUACUACAAAGAGUUGUACAGCUACAUUAUCUCUAAGAAUACCGCAGCAGAAGUCGUAAUAAAUCCAGGAACCGGUGUGGACUUCGACGUUUGGCGGCAUUGCUCGACUCGAGCGAUGGUGGCCGAGGUGCCGAUGGUGGCCGAGGCGCCAGCGAGUUCAUGGGUGAGCGAAUUCCGCACAAGUGGACACUUCAACCCCCAGGGUUCCACAGCCACGUAUCCAGCGGGCUAUGCGAUCGUUCUUGUGUAUGGGGUCCCCACGGAAGUCCAAAUGCAGGAGGUGGUGCGCCAGGCAGCAUGCGAGUCGAUCACAAAUGCUGGUGGCAUCAUGGUGCUAUCUGAGGGUGGUUCCAACAGUCUCCCAACCUAUGACCAGCUUCCAGAGUACUUCUUGCAAGAAGCGGAGUACAUCACGUCAUCUUGGAGUGCAAUGUGCCCUAAGUACCCUGGCAUGAACUCUUACACACUUGCACCAGUUGGAGGUGUAUGUUGGUGGAACACUUCAGACAAUAACUGCGAGCAGUGUCAUGCUGGAAGCUUUCAGUGCUCUUGGACAGGUUGCUAUAAACACCAGUGCUCGCCACCAGGUGGCGGCGCGUGUUCAAAUCCGUGUCUCAACAGCCAUACAUUGGCGCCCACUGGUGCACCCUGCUGGUGGAACACGUCAGACACAAGUUGUGAGUUGUGCACUGAGGGCAGCAACCAGUGCUCUUGGUCUGGAUGCUAUAAGCACCAAUGCUCACCAGCUGAUGGGAGCGCUUGUUCGAGCCCAUGUCUCAACAGCUAUACCUUGGCACCCUCUGGUGCACCAUGCUGGUGGAACUCAUCGGACUUGAAUUGCGAGGUGUGUGCUCUCGGCAGCAAUCAGUGCUCUUGGUCUGGAUGCUACAAACACCAAUGCUCGCCGAACACUGAUGCGAGCGCUUGCACGAAUGAAUGUGACACAUCAAGGCGCUUAAGAGGCAGCCCGAGUGUUUGAGAAUGACGCCCGAUGUGUUUGCUACCAGGCGUUUGCUGGUGUGGAUGAAGUGUAUCCUUUAUGCAUCAAGCCGCAAGGUUUCAAAUACACGCGUACACACAUACACACAUAUGCAUCAUCUAUAUAUGUAUGUCGCGCGCUGUAGUUCAACGUGGUAUUCUGACCAGCGCGCGCGUUUUCGGACAACACAAGAUUGUCAUCAACAUUUGCGUUUGGCGACCUCUGGGCGUCUUGGCUGUCGCUGCCCUUGCUUCAAUGCGGGCGGGCACGCAACGCCUCUUGCCGCUUCUGGCGCGACGGCAUGACGAGUAGCAUGUGAUCAGUUGGUGCGGGCAGGGGGA